GUUCCCCUCUCGCGCAGCGGUGCUGGACAGGAACAUGGCUCCGUGAGGGAUUGAGCUGUCGGUCUCGGAUCAUUUCGGGCGGUUGAGGAGGCCGGUGAGGCGUCGGCGACCGUCGCGCCCCCCCCGCCGUCACCGUUAACCCUUCCGUGCCCGGCGGUGGCGGCGAGGACCCUGAGGGAGGGGGCUCAAUGCGCAGGCGCGAAGGCCGCUCCCGCCGGGACGCCCCCCGCGCCCCGCCAGCAUGAGCCAGACCGCCGCCGUCCUCCCCCCGCCGGGCCCGGCCUCCCGCGCCCUGCAUGCGGAGCUGCCCUCUCAGCAGCGGCGUCUUCGUCACCUGCGGAACAUAGCAGCACGGAACAUCGUGAAUAGGAAUGGCUAUCGUCUCCUGGACACCUACUUCACUCUUCACUUGUGUAAUAAUGCAAAGAUAUGUAAAGAAUUUUAUAAGAGUGAAGUGAUAAAGAAUUCUCUGAAUCCAACAUGGCGAAGUCUUGACUUUGGUCUUAUGCCCGAUCGCCUCGAUACGUCCGUUUCCUGCUUUGUGGUGAGGAUAUGGGGUGGCAAGAAUGACGCCCAUCAGCUGCUGAUAGAGUGGAAAGUCAAUCUCGAUGGACUCAGAUAUGUGGGCCAGCAGAUACAUGCUCGUAGCCCAAAUGAAAUUAUUUUUGGGCUGAACGAUGGCUAUUACGGAGCCUCAUAUGAACAAAAGGGCCUCUCAGGAACCCAGAAGAAUAACCUCCUCCAGGUGGAUCAGAACUGUGUUCGCAACUCAUACGACGUCUUCUCUUUGCUGAGGCUCCACCGGGCCCAGUGUGCAAUUAAACAGACUCAGGUAACUGUUCAGAAAAUAGGAAGGGAAAUUGAAGAGAAACUGAGGCUUACGUCGACGAGCAAGGAGCUGAAAAAAGAGAGUGAGUGUUUACAGUUGAAGAUUUUGGUGCUUCGGAAUGAGCUAGAAAGGCAGAAGAAAGCCCUGGGCCGAGAAGUUGCCUUACUACACAAGGAACAAAGUACGCUAUUUGACAGAGGAAAUGUGUUUGAGGAAGAAUAUCAGAAGCUCCGACUGGACAAAGAACCCUUGCAAGAGUUGAGAAAAGAAUGCACUGCUAAGAGAGAGCAAUUCUUGAAGACCAAUGCACAGUUGACCAUCAGAUGCAGGCAAUUACUUUCAGAGCUUUCCUAUAUUUACCCUAUCGAUCUGAAUGAUCAAAAGGAUUAUUUUAUUUGUGGAGUCAAGUUGCCCAAUUCUGAAGACUUCCAAGCAAAGGAUGAUGGCAGCAAUGCUGUCGCUUUGGGCUACACUGCUCAUUUGGUCUCCAUGAUUUCCUUCUUCCUGCAAGUGCCACUCAGGUAUCCAAUAAUUCACAAGGGCUCCAGGUCUGCAAUCAAAGAUAAUAUUAACGAUAAACUGACUGAGAAAGAGAGAGAAUUUCCGUUGUAUCCAAAGGGAGGAGAGAAACUGCAGUUUGACUAUGGCGUCUACCUUCUCAACAAAAAUAUUGCACAGCUUAGAUACCAACAUGGGCUGGGGACUACAGAUCUAAGGCAGACACUUCCUAACCUGAAGAACUUCCUGGAGCACGGCCUCAUGGUCAGAUGUGAUCGGCACCACAUUUCCAGCGCCAUUCCAGUUCCAAAGAGGCAGAGUUCUGCGUUGGGGGGUUUGGAUAUUGGGUUCACCAGCAGCCGUCCUUCCCCAGACAAGGGACUCCGAAAACGGGCCAACUCAGAGAACGAGAGACUUCAGUACAAGACUCCUCCUCCGAGUUACAACUCUGCUUUAACGCAGCCCAUUGCCAUUGCGGGAGAGCCGAAUAAAAAGGCCGGGUCUUUAUCCUCCUCUUUAGAUACCUCCAUUGACUUCUCGAAAGAAAACAAGAAGGGAGGGGAUCUGUGCCACAGCUUGAAUGGCGAAAACAGGAACCCAAACACCUCCCGAGACCAACAGGAGUCUUUCCUGGGACCCUCUCGUGCAAUAAACGGCGCGGCGCUGCCCAGCGAGCGCCCCGACGCGGCCACCAGUGACCAGCUGUGUGCCUUCCGUGGCGCCCUCGGCGCCGAGCUCCUCUGCACGGUCGAGCAAGCGGAAGAGAUCAUGGGCAUGGAAGCGACGGGCUUCGGCACCGGAGACCAGCUCGAAGCCUUUAACUACAUCCCGGUGGACCACGCCGUGGCGGUGGAGUGCGACGACCAAGUCCUGGGGGAAUUCGAAGAGUUUUCCCGGAGGAUUUGCGCCCUGAACAAGGACGCCCCCACGUUCCGCAGGCCGCGGAAGGGUUCCGACAAGUGAGCUUUUUGGAGACAGCGGAGGUGAUGACACGUUUCACAAGGUGAAAACUAUGUGUCUGGAAUGAAGAUAAAACUUGCACUCAUAAUCCCUGAUCAGUUAUCGGGUGGGAU